AUGAACAAUAUUGCAAAGAUCAUCAAGGGAUUGAAAGAGGGGCGGCAACACUGGCUGAGCACUGCGUUCCAGGUAGAUAUGAUCCACUCGGUGAUAUCUCAAUUUAGGUUGAUGAGAAGUGCACACGUCAUGGCGGAGAAUUAGUGGCUUCAGUGUUGAAGGUAAUCUUCCUUCUACAGAUGUAAUAAUACUUUUCAUUCAAGGCUCAUGGUGUUGAACAGAUAUUUACUCUGGUUGGAGGGCACAUCUCACCUAUCCUGGUGUCUGCUGAGAAAUUAGGAAUUAAAGUUAUUGACACUCGCCAUGAAGUCAGUGCCGUGUUUGCUGCUGAUGCGGUGGCCAGAUUGAAGCAAACCAUUGGUGUCGCAGCAGUUACGGCUGGGCCAGGUUGGCAGUUUUCGUCUUUUAUCUUUAUAUUUAGGUUUAACAAAUACAAUUACGGCGGUAAAGAAUGCCCAGAUGGCCGAAUCACCAAUUCUUUUGAUUGGAGGGGCUGCCCCUACUCUUUUGAAAAAUCGAGGAGCUCUUCAAGACAUUGAUCAAGGCGUUUUGUUCAGACCUUUAUGCAAAUAUACGGCCAGAGUAACCAAGUUACGAGAUAUUGCGCCUACAGUUAGAAGAGCUAUUCAAGAAGCCCAAUCCGGAACCCCAGGGCCUGUUUUUAUCGAAUUUCCAAUUGAUGUUCUCUAUCCUUACCAGUUCGUUGUCAAAGAAAUGGGAUUUGUUCCAAAUGCCAAAGGUUUCAAGGUACCUUAUCUGAUUCACCAUUCCAUUACAUUAUUUCAGAAAUUGAUGAACGCCUUUUUGUUUACUUAUGUCUCACGUCAAUUCGGAGGUGCCUGGAAUGACCAACCUCUGACCCCGUUACCUGUUCAGAUACCUACAGCGACUUCUGGCGACAUCCAGAAGGUUGUCGAUACCAUAAAAAAGGCCAAGAAACCAUUACUUUUGAUGGGCUCACAAGCGACUCUACCUCCAAUCACUCCAUCCAAAUUGCAAGAGAUCGUGUUGGUAAGGGGAUACCACAAUUUUAUUAUUUUUGUUAUUGAUGCGUGCCACGACUUUUGUUUGCAGAGGCUCGGAAUCCCCACAUAUCUCGGAGGAAUGUGUCGCGGUCUCUUGGGUCAGAGGUCGCCAAUUCAAUUCAGACAGAAUAGAAAGGAAGUCCUCAGAGAGGCCGAUGUUGUUAUCCUUGCUGGUGAGUAAACGAUUCUUUUUUUUCAAGACAAUAACAAUUAAUUUCGUAUAAUCGUAGUCUCCAGGGACCGUAUGCGACUUCCGUUUGAGUUAUGGAAAGGUUUUGUCAUCAAAGUCUAAAGUCAUUGCCAUCAACAGAUGCCAUUCUCAACUGACAAAGGUAUCGAGUAAGCCACAAAACAAUAGCAAUCACUUCAGAAUCACCGGGUCUUUUGGAAUGCCCAUCAAUUGAUCCAGGCGGAUGUUGGACAGACUCUGGCCGCUAUUCAGAAGGAAUUGGGAGAUGAUUAUAAAGUUCCAGCGGAGUGGGUUCAAUCAUUGACAGACAAAGAAAUUGAAAAGGAAUCCUCAAAUGAAAGCAAGAUGAAUGAAACUCCGAAGGAUGGAAAUCUGAACCCUCUUGCACUACUAAAACGGCUGGAUGAUGUCCUUCCAGAUGAUGCCAUUCUCGUUGCGGACGGAGGUGACUUUGUUGGGAGUGCAGCUUAUAUUGUGAGACCCAGAGGACCUCUCCAAUGGCUGGACCCUGGGGCGUUUGGAACUCUCGGAGUAGGAGGAGGGUUUGCCCUCGGGGCGAAGGCUGUCUAUCCAGAUCGACCAGUUAUCAUUAUCUACGGAGACGGAUCUGCCGGGUAAAAGUGUCUUAAAAGAAUAAAUGGUGGUUUAGAUACUCGUUGCUCGAGUUUGACACAUAUCAAAGACACAAACUGCCAGUGGUUGCCUUGAUUGGAAACGAUGCUUGCUGGUCUCAGAUUGCGCGAGAUCAAGUCCCGUGGUUCAAAUCUUCGGUUGCGUGUGAUCUAGCGGUAGGUUGUACUAUAGAAACCUAAUAAAUGUGUUUAGUUUACAAGUUAUGAAAAGAUUGGUGAAGCGAUCGGAUCCAAAGGAAUCCUCCUUAAUUCUAAUAUCGAUGGAAACAAACAAACUGAAGCCAUAAAAAAUGCCAUACAAGAAUCCAGACGGACUUCAAGUUGUGUGAUAAAUGCUGUCAUUGGAAAGACUGAUUUCAGAAAAGGCAGUAUUAGUGUCUAA